AUGUUUGGGUCAGAGGACCUGAAUGAGCUGAAAGUGAUUGUUCAGAAUGAGGGAGUGGAAGCUCUGGAGUGGAGUCAGAAGGGAAACCAGAGUUCCUCUUGGAUCUAUGGUUUCACCACUGUUUCUUUUCUGACUGAGACAAGGAUAAAGGUCAUUUUUGAGGCUGUUCGAGGAUUAACAGAAUAUGGGGACACAGCUGUGGACAAUGUGGGUGUCAGGAAUGGGCCCUGUGAGGCAACCUGCAGUGUGCAUAGUGACCCCCACUAUUACACUUUUGACAAGCAGUCUCACACGUUCAUGGGAAAUUGCACCUACACCCUGUCCAAGCUGUGUGAUGGGAACAGCACGCUGCCCUACUUCAAUGUGGAAGCAGCAAACGAACACAGAGGAGGCAACACUCGCGUGUCCUAUGUCCAAUAUGUGGAUGUUGAUGUUUAUGACUACAGGAUAACUCUGGGUAAAAACAGGGUUGUUAAGGUGAACGGAGCCAUUCAGGUACUUCCUGUGGUCCUGCCAUCAGGUGUAAAUAUUUUCUUCAGUGGACAGUACGUCAUGGUUACUACUGCCUUUGGGCUGAGAGUUAAGUUCAAUGGAGAUCAUAGAGCUGAAGUGAUUCUUCCCAGUAUAUACAAAUCUAAAGUCUGUGGAAUGUGUGGAAAUUACAACGGGAACAAAACAGAUGACUUUCUUAACCCAGAUGGAGAGAUGGAAGCAAAUUCGGUCAGCUUGGGCAACAGCUGGCAGAUUUAUAAUGACUCCAGCUGUGUCCCAGAUCUUGGCCAUACCCCAAACUGCUCAGAUGAUGAAAAACAUUUAAUCCAAAGCAACAAGUACUGCGGGCUGAUCACAGAUCCAAGUGGCCCGUUCUGGCAGUGCCACUCAGUAGCUGAUCCAUUGAUUUAUUUUGAAGACUGCCUGUAUGAUCUGUGUGAACUUCAUUUGAACAAUGCAGCCCUCUGCAAUAACCUACAGUCAUAUGCUGACGUGUGCCAAGCUGCAGGCAUUGUUGUAGGAACAUGGAGAAAUGAAACAUUCUGCCCACUGAUCUGUCCAGCCAACAGUCACUAUGAAGCAUGCACGGCAGCCUGCCCUGCCACCUGUGUCAACCCGAUGGCUCCUGCCAGCUGCAGCCUGCCGUGUGUGGAAGGAUGCGUGUGCGACAGCGGCUAUCUCCUCUACAACGAUGGCUGUGUCCCCCGCAGUCAGUGCGGGUGCUGGCACAAUGGCAAACACUACCCUGUUGGCGCUGAAUUCUGGACCGAUGACACCUGCUCCUCUAAAUGCACAUGUCCCUCUCGGGGGAGCAAAGUAACCUGCUCUAACGCAGCCUGCCCAGCCGAUCAUUACUGUGGGGUUCAGAACGGAGAACCUGGCUGCUACCGUGAGACUUACGGGAUCUCCAAGAACGAGCAUCGAGGGUACUCUGCGGUGUCCUAUGUGCAGAAAGUCCUGGUGGAGGUGUAUGGACAACACAUAGAAAUAGUUAAGGCAACACCAAAUCGUGUACUGAUCAAUAAAAUAUGGUCAACUCUCCCCGUAACCACAGCUGGUGGGUCAAUCGCAGUGAGCAGGAGUGGACGAUACGUUACCCUAGAGACAGAUUUCAGACUGAGGGUUUCCUAUGACACCGAUCACUCGGUGGAAGUGAAGGUGCCCACCACCUAUUUCAACAGGACCUGUGGCAUGUGCGGUAACUUUAACAAUCGCAGACAGGAUGACUAUAUGAUGCCCGACGGGCAGCAAGCCAAGAACUCUAAUGAGCUGGGAAACAGCUGGCGUGUCAAGGACGACGAUCCUUCUUGUGAUGUCAUCAUCCCACCCAAACCCUGCACUGCAGACCAGGAGAACCUCUACAAAACAGACAGAUUCUGCGGCAUGAUAACCAAGAGGCCUGGCCCCUUUGGGGUCUGCCACUCCGUGAUCAAUCCUGAGAGCAUCUUUGAGAGCUGUGUCUAUGACCUCUGUGCGCUGAAUGGGAGUGAGCAGCUCUUGUGUAACGCUCUGGAGACCUACGCGGAUGCGUGUCAGGAAGCUGGAGUGACUCUCCCCCAGUGGAGAAACGCCACCUUCUGCCUAGCAGCAAGCAACUGCAGUAAACCUUGCGUGGAGGGAUGUGAGUGCAACAGCGGGUUUGUUCUCAGCGGUGGACAGUGUGUUUCCAUGGUCAAUUGCGGCUGCCUUUACAAAGACAAAUAUUAUGAGAGAGGGGAAACUUUCUGGGAAACAAACUGUGAAAGCCAAUGUAACUGUGUGGGAAACAACACCAUAGUCUGCAGUCCAAAGACAUGUGAAGCAAGCCAAAUUUGCAAGGUGCAGAAUGGAAUCUUGGGAUGUUAUCCAUUGGACAUCAACACCUGCCACAUCUAUGGGGAUCCACACUACAUAACCUUUGAUGGGAGACUGUACCAUUUCCAGGGUGGAUGCAAUUAUACAAUAGUUGAGACAUGCACAAAUUCUUCUGAGCAGUUCUCAGUGACCACCAGGAAUGAAGCCAGAGGAAGCCAGGCCUGGACUGCUUUGAACUCAGUAGCUGUCACAUUGAAAAACAUUCACAUUGCUUUGAGAAAAAACAAAGAGGUCUAUGUGAAUGGAAUUCAAGUUGAUCUUCCUGUGACUCUGCAUGCUGGAAUGACAGUAGCUGUAAGAGGACCCUAUGUGGUCAUUGAUACCUCUAUUGGCAUUCAGGUGAAGUUUGAUGGUGACCAACAGCUUUUUGUUCAUGCUGAUGAAAGGUUUAAGGGGCAGCUGUGUGGCCUGUGUGGCACAUACACUGACAACCAGCUGGAUGAUUUCCUAACACCAGACAGAGUCCUGGAGCAGGAUUCAAAUAAUUUUGGCAACAGCUGGCGAGUGAAGGAUGACAAUUGGACCUGUGACCCGGUUGCCGUUAUACCACCAGCCUGUAACCCUGUCCAUGAGUAUGAAUAUGAAGAAUUAUGCAAAGUUAUUUUGGCAAGCGGAGGGCCUUUUGAAGCUUGCCAUUGGUAUAUCCCCCCUCAGCUGUACUUUGAGAGCUGCGUCUAUGACCAGUGUGCCACGGGAGGAAAUACCGAACAGUUUUGCUCAUCCUUAGACGCGUAUGCUGCGGCAUGUGAAGGUAGAGGCGUAAGUCUGGGAGAUUGGAGAAAAGAGACAUUGUGUGUUCCCCCAGCUCUUUGUAACAUGUCCUGUUCAUUUGACACUGACUUCUGUGACUGGACCCAGUCAGUCUCUGACAGCUUGGACUGGAAACGACACCGGGGGCCAACCUCCUCGCCAAACACAGGACCCUCGUACGACCACACUACAGGAGACGGUUACUUCAUCUACCUGCAAGGGAGUGAGGCCGGCUCUGGAGCUGUGACUCACUUGGAGAGUCCUGUGUGCAGUGCCAAUGGACCCCAUUGUUUCCGCUUCUGGUAUCACAUGUACGGAGUGGCUCGUACGAUGGCACUGACGGUUUAUGUCACUGAGGAUGCAGCACCACGUCUGGUCUGGUCAGAGAGAGGAAAUAAGGGCGAUAGGUGGAACUUUGCAGCAGUCACUGUGUAUAACAGAGGAGAUAUGCAGAUCCUCCUGGAGGGGAUGCGGGGUGAAGAUUUCCGCAGUGACGUAGCAGUGGAUGAUGUAUCUCUCGUAGACGGAUAUUGCCCAGGAGAUGGACCGACAACAACAGUGAGCCCCACAUCAAUCACUACUCCCACUUCUCCAGUGACAACCACGUCACCUCCGUCGCUAAGUUCAGAAUCCUGUGUGGUGGCAGGGGACCCUCACUACUACACCUUUGAUAAACAAACCCAUCACUUCAUGGGGACCUGCGCCUACACCCUGUCCAAGCUGUGUGAUGGGAACAGCACGCUGCCCUACUUCAAUGUGGAAGCAGCAAACGAACACAGAGGAGGCAACACUCGUGUGUCCUACGUCCAAUAUGUGGAUGUUGAUGUUCAUGACCUGAGGAUAACACUAGAGAAAGGGGGAGUCGUGAAGGUAAAUGGAAAGGGAGAGAUUAUCAUCCCCUUUGCACCAUUGCCGGGUGUGCAAAUCUCCUCCAGCGGGCUUUAUGUCGUGGUCAGCACAGACUUUGGGUUGACCGUGAAGUUUGAUGGGAACCAUCGAGUGGAAGUGACCCUUCUGAGCUCCUUUAAAGAGAAGGUUUGUGGGAUGUGUGGGAACUACAACGGGCACGCAGCAGACGACUUUCUGAAUCCAGAUGGGGUGCUGGAGCCAGACUCUACCAGCCUUGGCAACAGCUGGCAGGUCUCCAACCACACCAGUUGUCUUCCAGGAACGGGCCAUGAUCCAGUGUGCGACGAGAGUGAUAAGCAAAUCAUUGCCAGCAGUGCUUUCUGUGGUCUCCUGACAGAUGUGAAUGGCCCCUUUAAAAAGUGCCACCGGGUGCUAGAUCCUACCAUUUACUUCAACAGCUGCUUUUAUGACCAGUGUGAAUUGCAAAUGGAUCCCGACUCCCUCUGCAAGAGUCUGCAGUCUUAUGCGGAUGCCUGUCGGUCAGGUGGAGUUCAGAUAGAUGCCUGGAGGAAUGCUACCUUCUGUCCAAUUGACUGCGCCCCCAACAGUCACUAUGAAGCAUGCACGGCAGCCUGCCCUGCCACCUGUGUCAACCCGAUGGCUCCUGCCAGCUGCAGCCUGCCGUGUGUGGAAGGAUGCGUGUGCGACAGCGGCUAUCUCCUCUACAACGAUGGCUGUGUCCCCAGCAGUCAGUGCGGGUGCUGGCACAAUGGCAAACACUACCCUGUUGGCGCUGAAUUCUGGACCGAUGACACCUGCUCCUCUAAAUGCACAUGUCCCUCUCGGGGGAGUAAAGUAACCUGCUCUAACGCAGCCUGCCCAGCCGAUCAUUACUGUGGGGUUCAGAACGGAGAACCUGGCUGCUACCGUGAGACUUACGGGAUCUGCAGAGUCCACAACGACCCUCAUUACAACACGUUUGACAGAGAGACUCACCACUUCAUGGGGAUCUGCACCUACACGCUGGCCAAAGUGUGCCACAACUCCAGCUCUCUGCCUUAUUUCAACGUAGAAGCCAAGAACGAGCAUCGAGGGAACCCCACGGUGUCCUAUGUGCAGAAAGUCCUGGUGGAGGUUUAUGGACAACACAUAGAAAUUCUCAGAAACCAUCCGAGCCAAGUGCUGGUUAAUGAGGUGCUAACAACCCUUCCUGUCAGCGCAGCUGGUGGGUCAAUCACAGUGAGCAGGAGUGGACGAUACACAGAUUUCAGACUGAGGGUUUCCUAUGACACCGAUCACUCGGUGGAAGUGAAGGUGCCCACCACCUAUUUCAACAGGACCUGUGGCAUGUGCGGUAACUUUAACAAUCGCAGACAGGAUGACUAUAUGAUGCCCGACGGGCAGCAAGCCAAGAACUCUAAUGAGCUGGGAAACAGCUGGCGCGUCAAGGACGACGAUCCCUCUUGCGGUGGCAUCGAACCACCUGAACCCUGCCCUGCAGACCAGGAAAACCUCUACAGAACAGACAGAUUCUGCGGCAUGAUAACCAUGAGGCCUGGCCCCUUUGGGGUCUGCCACUCCGUGAUCAAUCCUGAGAGCUUCUUUGAGAGCUGUGUUUAUGACCUCUGUGCGCUGAAUGGGAGUGAGGCGCUCCUGUGUAGUGCCCUGGAGGCCUACGCGGAUGCGUGUCAGAAAGCCGGGGUGACGCUCCCCCCCUGGAGAAAUGCCACCUUCUGCUCUCCCACGUGCUCUGCUCCCAACAGCCACUACGAGCCUUGUAUGACUGCUUGCCCUGCCACAUGUCUAGACCGCCUCGCCCCCGAGAACUGCAGCAAGCCCUGUGUCGAGGGCUGCGCAUGUAAUUCUGGAUUCGUGCUCAGCGGAGGCGCCUGCGUGCCAGAGGCCAAGUGCGGCUGUGUGUUCCAGGACAGAUACUACAGUGAAGGAGAGAGCGUUGUGACGGAGAACUGCACAAGCCGGUGUGAGUGUCUGGGGAAUGGCAACAUGACGUGCAGUGAGCUGUCUUGUGGUCCAGAUGAGAUCUGCAAGAUUCAAACUGGCCUACGGGGAUGUUAUCCAGCCGGCACCGCUACCUGCCACAUCUACGGUGACCCCCAUUACACCACCUUUGAUGGGAAACUUCACCACUUCCAGGGUGCCUGCAACUACACUGUGGUGGAGACCUGCGAUAAUGCCUCUGGGAGCUUUAGGGUUACCACCCGCAAUGAACACCGGGGCAGCCCCAGCUGGACAGCCAUUAACUCCGUCGCUCUCACCCUGGAUGGCGUCCACAUUGCACUAGGGAAGAAAGGAAUUGUCUACAUUAAUGGUGCCCUGGCCUCUCUCCCUGAAACUCCUGUCCCUGGAGUGACCGUUUCACUCAUCGGACGCUACGUACAAGUUACUACCAACCUGGGCGUCCAGCUGCAGUUCAAUGGGGACCACGAGCUCUUUGUAAGAGUGAGUGAGAAGUACAAAGGGAGACUGUGCGGAUUGUGCGGGACGUACACGGGGACCCAGCAGGACGACUUCACGAGACCCGAUGGGGUCGUGGUGGCAGACGUCAAUGAAUUUGGAGCCAGCUGGAGGGUGCCUGACGACGAGUGGCCUUGCAAUUCAACUAUCGUCCCACCCGUAACGUGCGCUCCCUCCGAGCAGCAGGCAGCCGAGGAGCAGUGCCGACUCCUGACGGACCGCGAUGGCCCAUUCGCACCCUGCCGUUCUGCGGUGCCACCCCACCUGUACUUUGAGAGCUGUGUCUAUGACCAGUGUGCCACAGGAGGGAGCUCUGAGCAGCUCUGCAAUGAUCUGGAAUCCUAUGCGGCAGCCUGUGCAGAGGCAGGAGUCGCUCUGGGAGAAUGGGCGGCGGACACUAUCUGCGAGAGUGUCCGGGAGUGUCCUUUCAACUGCUCAUUCGAUGACAACUUCUGUGAAUGGAGACAGUCCACCUCCGAUGAUUUUGACUGGAGACGCAGCUCCACGGCACCUCCUUAUGGCAAUAUGUCGCAUGAUGGCUAUUACAUAACAACCGACAGCCGAUAUGCUCACCCAGAGGAGAAAGGCCAGCUAAUAAGCCCUCAGUGCACUGCCAGCCAGGCUGCGUGUUUCCGAUUCCGAUACCACAUAGCAGGCGUAGCAGAGGAUGGGGCACUGAAGGUGUACCUGGUUCAGGAAGGGGACCGCAAACCCCUUCUGCUGUGGCUAAUGACUGGAAACAAGGCAGACAACUGGCUUUUAGCAGAAGUGGAUUUGCACAUUUCUGGUAGAUUUCAGGUGAUUACACAACCAAAAAACAUCCUUGGUGUUAUCUUUGUGAUUACUGAGGUUGUGUUGGAAGGUGUGACUGGCACGGACAACCGAACGUGGGUCUCUGUGGAUGACGUGUCCCUGGAGCCUGGAGAAGCCCCGACUACUUCAAGUCCAACUACAGUGGGCACCAGUCCAUCAGGAAAAUCCCCGACCACGGCAACUCCAACUACAGUAGAUCCCUGUCAGACAGGCCGUGCCACCUGCAGUGCUUCAGGGGACCCGCAUUACUACACAUUUGAUGGCAGAGUUCACCAUUUCAUGGGAAACUGCACUUACACCCUCUCCAAAGUCUGCAACGACUCCAGGGGGCUUCCAACCUUUGACGUGUCCACCACCAAUGAGCACAGGGGCUCCAAUACCAAAGUGUCCUAUGUAAAGUCCGUGCACGUGGAAGUCUAUGGAAGUCAGAUUUCCUUGCUGAAGAACAGGAAAGUGACUGUGAAUGGCACCAGAAGGAACCUGCCUGUGGUGAUUGAAAACAAGAUCAACGUCCAGAUCAGCGGGGGCUACGUGCUCUUGGAAACUGAUUUUGGACUCUGGGUCAGAUUUGACGGCAAUCACUAUGUGGAGGUCUCCGUGUCCGGUUGUUACAAGGGCCAGCUCUGUGGCCUGUGUGGUAAUUACAAUGGUGACGCAAAGGAUGACAAUCUAAAGCCGAACGGCAGCACGGCAGGAGAUUCCACUGAGCUUGGAGAGAGCUGGCUAGUGGCAGAGAAUAACAGCAUAUGCUCCCCUCAGCCAGUACCGGACUGUGACCCCCUGCUGGAGAGUGAAGCGAGGAAGAACACAGCCUGUGGCAUGAUCACCGACCCGACAGGUAUCUUCAAGGACUGCCACGUCAAAGUACCUCCAGAGAAUUUCUUGGAAAACUGUGUUUACGACAUGUGUCAGACUGAGGGACAGACAGUGUCCUUAUGUAAUGGGCUGCAGGCUUAUGCUGAAUCGUGCACAAAUGCUGGGAUCUGCAGAGAAUGGAGAAAUAAUACUUUGUGCCCAAUCUCCUGUCCGGGAGGAAGCCAGUACGAGAGCUGUGGGAGCAGGUGUCCUUCCACCUGCGUGACUCCCGCUGCAUUUAGCCCUUGCAGCUCCUUACCAGUGGAAGGCUGUUUCUGUAAGGAAGGCUACGUUCUGAGUGGAGACACCUGUGUGCCUGAGAGCAGCUGCGGUUGUGUGGAUGGAAACAACCACUAUCAUCAGCUGGGUGAAAACUGGUUCACCCACGACGCCUGCACUGAGCGCUGCACCUGCAACAGCAAAAACAACAUCACGUGCACAGGCUGGGAGUGUGGAGCGCUGGAGAUAUGCAGUGUUCAGGAUGGGGAGCUGGGUUGUUACCCCGCUGCCCCGACUGCUUCAAGUCCAACUACAGUAGGCACCAGUCCAUCAGGUUCUACAACAGUGCAAGGAACAACCCCUGCUUCGGAGACCACUCCGCCCCACACAAUAAGCACCACAGCAGAAGAAAGUACCACAGGAAAAUCCCCAACCACGGCAACUCCAACUACAGUGGAGCCCUGUCAGACAGGCCGUGCCACCUGCAGUGCCUCAGGGGACCCACAUUACUACACGUUUGAUGGCAGAGUUCACCAUUUCAUGGGAAACUGCACUUACACCCUCUCCAAAGUCUGCAACGACUCCAGGGGGCUUCCACCCUUUCACGUGUCCACCACCAAUGAGCACAGGGGCUCCAAUACCAAAGUGUCCUAUGUAAAGUCCGUGCACGUGGAUGUCUAUGGAAGUCAGAUUUCCUUGCUGAAGAACAGAAAAGUGAAUGUGAAUGGCACCAGAAGGAACCUGCCUGUGGUGAUUGAAAACAAGAUCAACAUCCAGAUCAGCGGUGGCUAUGUGCUCUUGGAAACUGAUUUCGGACUCUGGGUCAGAUUUGACGGCAAUCACUAUGUGGAGGUCUCCGUGUCUGGUUGUUACAAGGGCCAGCUCUGUGGCCUGUGUGGUAAUUACAAUGGUGACGCAAAGGAUGACAACCUAAAGCCGAACGGCAGCACUGCAGGAGAUUCCACUGAGCUUGGAGAGAGCUGGCUAGUGGCAGAGAAUAACAGCAUAUGCUCCCCUGACGAAGUACUAGUCUGUGACCCCCUGCUGGAGAGUGAAGCGAGGAAGAACACAGCCUGUGGCAUGAUCACCGACCCGACAGGUAUCUUCAAGGACUGCCACGUCAAAGUAGCUCCAGAGAAUUUCUUGGAAAACUGUGUUUACGACAUGUGUCACGCUAAAGAGCCGACAGUGUCCUUAUGCAAUGGGCUGCAGGCUUAUGCAGAGUCGUGCACAAAUGCUGGGAUCUGCAGAGAAUGGAGACAUAAUAAUUUGUGCCCAAUCUCCUGUCCGGGAGGAAGCCAGUACGAGAGCUGUGGGAGCAGGUGUCCUUCCACCUGCGUGACUCCCGCUGCAUUUAGCCCUUGCAGCUCCUUACCAGUGGAAGGCUGUUUCUGUAAGGAAGGCUACGUUCUGAGUGGAGACACCUGUGUGCCCGAGAGCAGCUGCGGUUGUGUGGAUGGAAACAAUCACUAUCAUCAGCUGGGUGAAAACUGGUUCACCCACGACUCCUGCACUGAGCGCUGCACCUGCAACAGCAAAAACAACAUCACGUGCACAGGCUGGGAGUGUGGAGCGCUGGAGAAAUGCAGUGUUCAGGAUGGGGUGCUGGGUUGUUACUCCCCUGGGAGAGCAUCCUGUCAGGUGGCAGGAGAUCCCCACUACUUCACCUUUGACAAAGUGAUGCACACCUUCUUGGGCACCUGCACCUACACCCUGCUCCAAGUCUGCAACAGCAGCAGUGUCGUUCCUGUGACCAUCAGUGGCAAAAACGAAGAUCGAGGACAAAGAGGGGCCACGUAUCUCAAAGAGAUUUACAUUGACAUCUAUGGCAACCGAAUCACCCUUCAGAAGAAUAAGGCGAUCAUGCUCAAUAAGGAGAGAGUCCGAACUCCGGUAAAGAACCGAUUACGAGGCGUGUCCAUAGGAAAUGUGGGCAUUUACAUGGUGGUGGAAACUGACUUUGGACUGCUAGUGAAAUAUGAUGGAAAUCAGCACUUGGAAAUCAGCCUCCCAGAAUCUUACUUCUCCAAGGUAUGUGGCAUGUGCGGUAACUAUAACGGCCAGCGAGGGGAUGAGCUGCUCAUGCCCAAUGGCGUGCAGGCUAACAACGUCACGCAGUUUGGAAACAGCUGGAAAGUGCAAGCCGACAGUGACGCGGGCUGCUUGCCAGACACACGAGAAGAGCUGGGCCCACCUUGCACUGCAGAGGAGAAGCCAGGCAUUGAAACCCAGUGCAAUGUUUUAAAGUCGGACACCUUCAAACCAUGUCACCAUCUGGUCGAGCCUGACCUCUUCAUCCAGACCUGCAUCUACGACAUGUGUAAAUAUGAUGGCAUGCUGUCCACUCUCUGUGCCAUCACGCAGGCCUACGUGGACACCUGCAAGAAGCAAGGAGUCGUCAUUAAGUGGAGGACCAACACAUUCUGCCCAUUGCCUUGUCCAUCCAACAGCUAUUACACGGACUGUGCAUCUCCCUGCCCAGCCACAUGUAAUAAUAUGUAUGCGUCCUCCCUCUGUGAAAAGCCAACAGAAUGCACAGAAGGUUGUGUUUGCAAUGAGGGUUACGUGCUUAGCGAUGACCAGUGUGUACCACUGAGCGAGUGUGGCUGCAGAGAUGAUGAAGAUAACUACUACAGCGCUGGGGAGAGCUGGAUAAGUCCCCACUGCACCCACAAAUGCAAGUGUCAGAAGGACAAUACCAUCAAGUGCCAGCCCUAUGGCUGCGAUGCUUGGGAGAUCUGUUUCCUCAACAACAAGGGGAAAUACAAAUGUAAACCGACAGGCUUUGGGAAGUGCCUCGUCAUUGGAGAUCCACACUACCUGACGUUUGAUGGGUUGAUGCAUCACUUCCAAGGCAAAAAUACGUACAUGCUGUCUCAGACUGUCUCCAGCAUCCCCGACCGCCUGCCAUCCUUCAGCAUUGAGGGAAAGAACAAGCUUUACCCUAGAGUGUCCCACAUUUCUUUCCUCCAGGAGAUCCGUGUCAGUGUUUACAAUCACACAGUGUGGUUCGGGCAGAAGAAGCAGCUUGUGCUGGAUGGAGUGAAAACCAUCCCCCCUGCCCAGCCUCAUGAAGGUCUUCGCAUAUACCAGAGACCAACGAGAAUUUACAUGGAGACAGAUUUUGGCUUAUCGCUCAGCUAUGAUGGUGCUGAAAACUUAGAUAUAACCCUGGCCAACACCUACAAGGACAAAGUCGAAGGCUUGUGCGGCAACUUUGAUGGGAAGUAUAAAAAUGACUUUACCAAGCCGGAUGGCACUCGAGUGAGGGACGUGGAUGUGUUUGGGGAGAGCUGGAAAGUCCCCGUCAAAAGAACAGUCUCCCGGCGCAGGCGAGAAGUCACUUCAGACGAGGAGCUUGACAACGUCGAGUUAAACACAGGGCUCUCCAGAGGCUGCAAUCCCAGUGAACUGAGCCUUGUGAACUCCACUUCUAAGUGUGGGAUUCUUACCGAUCCCAAAGGUCCCUUUGGAAAGUGUCAGUCCAAUGUCUCCGUCGAGUUCUUCCAGAUGGGCUGUGUCUUUGACCUGUGUGUGGAAGCCGAGAACAGCCCUGUGCUGUGUCGGCACCUGGAGGAGUACGCGCUGGCCUGUCAGGAGAACGGGAUCGCGUUGGGAAACUGGAGAGCGCAGACGCCUUGUGAGAUGCAGUGUCCCCCAAACAGCAAGUACAGCAGCUGCAUGACUGCAUGCCCCGAUUCCUGCAGCAACCUGGUAGCCUCCUCCGAGUGCGAGUCGCCCUGUGUCGAAGGCUGCGAAUGCCUCCCGGGAUACGUUCUCAGUGGCUAUGACUGCGUGCCCUACAAGGAGUGUGGCUGCAGCUUCCUCAACACAUAUUAUAAGGCUGGAGAAACGUUUGUGACUGACGACUGCUCUCAGACUUGUGAGUGCACAACAAGUUCCAGCGUUGCCUGCACCAGGGCAGCGUGUGCACGCAGCGAGAUCUGCGCCGUCGCUAACUUAACUCGCGGAUGCUACAUACCUGGCCCGUGUCUGCAGAAUCUUUGCGAGAAUGGUGGGAUUUGUAUUGAGGAUACAAGCGAAUCCAGCAACAGCUCUUCCAACUUCAGUUGUGUGUGCCCUGACGGAUACGAGGGGCCUCUCUGUGAGGCUGAAACACAGGACGAGCCAAGGAAACCUGGCAACUCUCUGGUCUACAUCAUUGUGGGAGUUUCAGCAGGAAUCCUCGUCCUCGCGGCGAUCGUCGCCCUGGUUGUGUGCAGAUCCAAGUCAAGAAUGAACAGGAAAAAGUCACUGGAAUUCCCCAGAAGGAGGAAUUCAUCUUUGACCCAAUCAAGGGAUGCGCUGGACCAGAACUCUCACGUGCCAGACUACAGCUACAUGAUCAAUGCUGCAUUUGAUGGGGAUGAAAAUCAGUCACGUUCUAAUUAGUGACAUUUUUUAUUUCCAUCUGAUUUUUUUUUGCUGUUGUAUUCUAAUAAGUGUUUCUAACCCUUUC